AUGACCUUGCUAACGCUAUCCAACGAGCUCGUCGUUGAGAUCGUCAGCUAUCUCCAAUAUGACAGCGACAUCAACGCUCUCAUGCAAGUCAGUGGCCGACUAUAUUACCUCCUAAGCCCGUAUCUCUACCUCCACAACGCACGCUACUUCGAGGGAACGGCUCUUUCAUGGGCAGUGCAGAAUAACGUCGCGUCAGCCGCUCAGAAGGCCAUCGAAGGCGGG